GAGAGAGAGAGAGAGAGAGAACGGAGAGAGAAGAGAGUGGGGGAGAGAGUGGUCCCUGGCCAUUAUAGCCCCUCAAAAGACAACUCUUUAGAACCAGAGAGAGAGAGAGAGAGAGAGAGAACGGAGAGAGAAGAGAGUGGGGGGGAGAGAGAGAGAGAGAGAGAGAGAGAGAGAGAGAAAUGACCAAUUCUCAAGCUAAUACGGCCACUGGAGGAGGAGGAGAUAGCCUCUUCUCUAUUUUGUCAUCUGAAAACAGAGAUUUUCUCAUCACUCCGUCAGGGGACAAGGUUUAUAUUAAGGAUAUUGAGGGAAACACAAUUGGAUUAUACUUUGGAGCAAACUGGUACUCCAGAUGUGAGAACUUCACUCCAGUAUUGGCCUCUGUUUACCAUCAACUGAAGGGUAGAGGAUCUAAAUUCGAAGUAGUUUUUGUAUCGUCAGAUGAGGAUCAAUCAUCUUUUGACAAGUUCUACAGCACAAUGCCUUGGCCUUCAAUCCCAUUCAGUGAUUUACAAUGCAAGAGGACUUUGACACAAAAGUACCAAAUUGAAGGCAUUCCUUCAUUAAUCAUUCUCAAUCCCGAUGGAAAACUAAUUCGAGCAGAUGGUGUUGAGCUCAUAUACCGUUAUGGAUGGAGAGGAUUUCCUUUUACUAUUGAAAGGAUAUCGGUAUUGGAAGCUGAAGAGAAAGCAAAGCAUUCAUCUCAAACUUUAGAGAAUCUCCUCCUUGUCGAAGGUAGAGACCAUGUAAUGAGCCAUGAGGAUCAGGUAUGUGUCAAAGCUUCGGAAAUGUUACACUUUCCUUUGGUAAGUCACGACACAAAACUCAUCAGAGCUAAAGAGUUGCAGGUACCAAUCUCAAGUUUGGUAGGGAAAACAGUAGGAUUGUACUUCUCAGCUCAUUGGUGCCCUCCUUGCACAAAAUUCACUAAGAGACUUGUUUCCAUAUACAACAAUCUCAAAGAGAUGAACAAAGAGUUUGAGAUCGUGUUUGUUUCAUUGGAUAAAAAUGAAGAAGGGUAUUCACAGUGUUAUAAUGACAUGCCAUGGCUUGCUUUGCCUUAUAAUAUGGAGUUCGCUAAGUCUUUAUCUCGGUAUUUUGAUAUCCAAGGAAUUCCAACUCUAGUUAUAAUUGGUCCUGAUGGGAAAACUGUUACGAGAGAAGGGAGAAAUCUGAUAAAUUUGCACUUGGAGAUGGCAUUUCCAUUCACCGAAGCUCAAUUAAGGUUGCUACAAGAGAAAAUGGACGAAGAAGCAAAAAGUUACCCGAGCUCAUUUAAUCACGUCGGACAUCGCCAUGUACUGAAGUUGGUAUCAGAGAAUUCUGGAGGUGGUCCUUUUAUAUGUUGUGAAUGUGAAGAGCAGGGUUUUGGUUGGGCUUAUCAGUGUCUUGGAUGUGGAUAUGAGAUACAUUUAAAAUGUGUUAGAGAGGUUGAAGGAGAUGGUGCAUCGAAGAAACAAGUUCCUUCUGUUGACUCAUUUUGUGCUAUUAGUAGCAGUGGGGUUUAGCAAUUAAGGUUAUAUAUAGUUGAGAGGGGUAAAUAUCACCUGUAUAGAGUUUGUGGGGCUUCUAUUGAUAGACCUAGAUGAUAAUGUUGCUUCUGCUGAAUGAAUGACUGAAUCUCGGUUACAUUUCUAUGACCAAGGUCAAUUCCGGGACUCAAAAUAGAAAUGCUUACACACUAUAUUUAGUUCUUUAUAAAAGAUGUACGUCUGAUGUUUUAAGUUGUUAUGACUUGGUAAUGUAUUGAACCUGGCUUGUACCUGUGAAAUUAUGUCUCAUCUGAUGUGAAUGGAGAUGUUGUUCCUCAAA